AUGUAUGUGAAAUGCUUUGAUACAGUAAUGUUUUACUAUGUAAUUUUAGUGUAUUUAGUGAAUGUCACUUUUUGUCAUUUUCAAAUUUCCCGCCGUUCCGUCCCCCGUACAUUCCGACGCUCGCAGGGGACGGAACCCAGAUGACAGACGCCGGCAUCCGCCGGAGGAGAUGGCCGGGGACACUGCAGGGGGGACAUCGCAGGACAAGGUAAGUGAAGAGACAGAUCCCGGAGCAGCACUGCAAGGUAUUCCUGAGUGUAGCUCGGGGUUACCACUUCUGCUACACUCGGGAAUACCGCCAGGGAGGUUA